CUGUAAAAGCUUAUGGACUACUAGACCACGGCCCCAACUCUGCUUCAACCGAUGGCAGUUUGCACAUUCCCGUGAAACCUGCCAAGCUGGACCCCACAGCUGUGCAACAACACUCCUCGGCCGUCAUUGUGCCCAUUCCACCAGAAAGCGACCAUGCAAUCCUAGCCUGUGCCACAGGCAUUCAUGAAGAGCACUAUGUAAGCGACGCUGCGGGACCUGAAGAUGUGCUGGGUCAGAGAGAAUACAGAGAUGCCGGCACCAUUACAGAUGUGUGCAAUAGUACUGACCUUCCGGAAGUCGAAAUCAUCAGUCUGCUGGAAGAGCAGCUGCCUCAUUAUAAGUUAAGAGCCGACACCAUCUAUGGGUAUGAUCACGACGACUGGCUGCAAACACCGCUCAUCUCUCCUGAUGCCAACAUUGACCUGACUACCGAACAGAUUGAAGAGACCUUGAAAUACUUCCUUUUAUGUGCUGAACGAGUGGGCCAGAUGACUAAAACAUACAAUGAUAUAGAUGCUGUUACACGUCUUCUAGAAGAGAAAGAACGCGAUCUGGAAUUAGCUGCACGUAUUGGCCAGUCAUUGUUAAAGAAGAAUAAAACACUUACAGAAAGGAAUGAGUACUUAGAAGAGCAAGUAGAGCACAUCCGAGAAGAGGUAUCACAGUUGCGCCAUGAAUUGUCCAUGAAAGAUGAGUUGCUUCAGUUUUACACCAAUGCGGCUGAAGAAAGCGAGCCCGAAUCCAUCUGCUCCACACCCCUAAAAAGGAAUGAAUCGUCAUCAUCCGUCCAAAACUAUUUCCACUUUGACUCGCUACAUAAGAAACUGAAAGACCUUGAGGAUGAAAACACUGUUUUGCGGUCUGAGGCAUGUCACUUGCAAACUGAAACCAUCACGUAUGAGGAGAAGGAACAGCAGCUAGUCAAUGAUUGUGUGAAAGAGCUAAGGGAUGCUAGCAUUCAGAUUGCUAGCAUAUCGGAAGAAUUGGCAAAGAAAACCGAAGAUGCAGCGCGGCAGCAAGAAGAGAUCACUCACCUGCUAUCUCAGAUUGUUGAUAUUCAGAAGAAGACUAAAGCAUAUGCAGUAGAAAAUGAGGAACUUGUGCAACAUCUGGGAGCUGCAAAAGAUGCCCAGCGUCAACUUACAGCAGAGUUGCGGGAGCUGGAGGACAAGUAUGCAGAGUGCAUGGAAAUGCUUCAUGAGGCGCAAGAAGAGCUAAAAAACCUUAGAAAUAAAACAAUGCCAAAUGUUAUUUCCAGACGUUACAACACUCUGGGUGUUUUCCCCAUGGACUCCUUAGCUGCCGAGAUAGAAGGAUCUAUGAGGAAAGAGCUACAAAUUGAUGAACCAGACUCCCCUGAGAUGAAUGGCAAUCACCAAAAACGUGUGUUUGAAACUGUGCGGAAUGUAAACCAAGUAGUGAAGCAAAGGUCAUUGGCACCUUCUCCAAUGAACAUCCCAGGUUCUAACCAGUCCUCGGCAAUGAACUCUUUAAUGUCUAGCUGUGUCAGUACGCCACGCUCCAGUCUUUAUGGAGGAGAUAUUUCUAAUAUUGUCAUUGAUAAUAAAACCAAUAGCAUUAUACUGGAAACCGAGGUACCUGAUAACAGUGAUGCAGAUAAGAACAAGAAGCCUGGCACACCAGGAACACCAGGUUCUAAUGACCUUGAGACAGCCCUACGACGGUUAUCCCUUCGGCGUGAGAACUACCUCCUGGAGCGCAAGUUCUUUGAAGAUGACCAGGAAAGAAAGUUGCGCAGUCUAGCGGAGAAGGGAGAACUUCACAGUGGAUCUUUAACACCAACAGAAAGCAUAAUGUCCUUGGGUACUCACUCCUCCAGGCUCUCAGAAUUCACCGGCAUCUCAGGAAUGUCCUUCAGCAGCCGAUCUUACCUGCCUGAGAAACUUCAGAUCGUGAAGCCCCUAGAAGGUUCAGCAACUUUACAUCAUUGGCAGCAGUUGGCACAACCUCACCUAGGAGGAAUCCUGGACCCUAGGCCUGGAGUAGUUACCAAGGGCUUCCGCACCUUAGAUCUUGACCAGGAGGACGUGUACUGCUUCACAGACUUUGAAGAAGACGAGACAGGUGACAUUCCUUUCAAGAGCUUAACUACCUCGAGUCCCGUCCAUCAUUCAGAGACCUCAGGUGAGAGGUCUCAAGCACAAGUGACUGUGUCUGACAGCAAGAAUUGUCCAAGCCAUUCUCAGGCUGCCCCAGAGGACUUGCAAGAGCCCGCGACAGACGAUGAUGAGGGGUCUGUGCACCACCCUGGAAAAUGUUUGUCUCAGACCAAUUCCACCUUCACUUUCACCACUUGUCGGAUUUUGCACCCGUCUGAUGAACUCACGCGAGUCACUCCGAGCCUUAACUCAGCACCCACUCCAGCUUCUGGUAUCUUCAGCAAUCUAAAAUCAACGCCAGCAAGCACACCAUGCACACCUAGGCGUCUCAGCUUGGCAGAGUCUUUUACUAAUCUGAGAGAAUCCACUACUACUAUGAGCACAUCUCUUGGAUUGGUAAGGCUUCUGAAGGAACAGGGUAUUUCAGCAGCUAUGUACAACCCACAGAGUUGGGACAGGGCUCAAACGACUUCCAUCAUGAAUCAGUCUCUUCCAAAAAUGACUAUCAUACCUUCCACUCCUCCAAAUUCGCCUAUGCAGACACCAAGCUCCUCUCCUCCUUCUAUAGACUUUAAAUGCACCAGCCCACCGUAUGACAACUUUCUGGCUUCGAAACCUGCCAGCUCCAUUCUGAAGGAGGUGAGAGAAAAGAAGAACAUACGAAGCAGUGAAAGCCAAACUGAUGUUUCUGUCUCCAACCUAAAUUUAGUGGACAAGGUGAAGAAACUUGGAAUUGCCAAAGUCUCAGGACCAUCACAGGCUUCUUCUGCAUGUGACAGUCCUAUAAUGUGUGGUGCCCAGGGACCAGUACGGGGAUUUGUUCCUGGAGGUCUUAUACAGGAAGGUCGGCCUUUAAGUUACCCUGCGGUAACAAGUGCUAUAGGCGGAAUUCAGCUAAAUGCAGGAAUUAGACGGAAUCGUAGCUUUCCAGCUAUGGUGGGAUCUAGCAUGCAGAUGAAGGCACCAUCAACAUUGACACCAGGUAUACUGAUGGGCACUAAAUUACCCAAACAGACUAGCUUACGGUGAAGAAUAUCCAGCUACCAUUGACUAUUUCAUCAUGUCAGAGGCUGUUUGCAUUAGCCCUGCAUAAGAUCUACCGGACCUUCUGCACCUAGUGCUUAUUACAAAGCCAAGAUCAUUUUCCUCCUCUCCCAUCCUUCUUAUAUCUUGUACUGAUAAAUCAACAUUGUGCCUAGAUAAGAUAAGAAGUGGAGAGUGUACUUUCUAUAAAUAUGUAGAUAAAUAUCUUACUGUAACUAAAAUAAUUUUACCGGUUGGAAACGGUGACUUAAUGAGUUUGCUGUAAUAUUGUUAAUAAUGAGAAUAAUGUACAUUAAAUUAAUGGGGAAGGUGGGAUAUCGUAUGCACUGAACUUUAAGGACUGUUGGAACGGUAGAAUUCAAAUAGGUUUAGUACUGAAAUUACAGACAAAGUUUUUAUUUUAUUUGAAAAGAAGUUCUAGCCUAGGCAAGUAUGCCAUAUCCUUAAAGGAGUACUCCACUGGGAAAAAAAAUUUUAAAUCAACUGGUGCCAGAGAAUU